CAAGUGUAUUGGUGCAUAAAAUUUUGCAGGAUAUGCAGUGAAAAAUUUGUCAGCAGGCUCCAGAAAAAUUAGUAGAAGAAAGUUGAAGUUCGAAAAACGCAACGACGGACGAGAAGAAGAACCGUUAAAGAUACAUUUCAGGGCAACUGUUGCAUUACCACUGCUAGCGACGGCCAAAAGUAGCCGCACCGCAGACAGUCUCUAGCAAAUCGCUCGCAAAUCUACAGCGCAAAACCAAAGCCAAUCGAGAAAGCAAGCAAACAGCAUGUCUUCGGUUACACAGCAUACGGGCAAUCAGCCGGUGGCGCAGCAAAAUGGUAAACAACAGCCAACGGCUGGUGGCGCUGUCACCGCCACCAACAAUAACACACAUGAAAAAGUGGGCGGCAACAAUGGAGCAGCGGGCAAUGGUGCCGGCGGUGCAAACUCGAAUACGGAAUCCUCCCAACAAAGCCCCACCAAAAAGACAAGUCUAUCGACUAAGGAGCGGGUCAUUGACAGCGUCCCCUUUCCGCCGAGCCGCAAGCUAACAGCGGCCGAUGUAUUUGACGCACGCACCGGCAAGCCACACCAUGACGUACUUAAGCAGCACUUCAUACUUGAGGGACGCAUCGAAGAGGCUGCCGCUUUGCGCAUCAUACAAGAGGGCGCUACAUUGUUGCGCCAAGAGAAGACCAUGAUUGACAUUGAGGCGCCAGUGACCGUGUGUGGUGAUAUUCAUGGCCAAUUUUACGAUUUAAUGAAAUUGUUCGAAAUUGGCGGUUCACCCGCCUCGACCAAGUAUCUCUUUUUGGGCGAUUAUGUGGAUCGAGGCUACUUUAGUAUUGAGUGUGUUUUGUACUUGUGGUCACUGAAAAUAACCUACCCGAAUACAUUAUUUUUGCUACGUGGCAAUCACGAAUGCCGUCACUUAACAGAGUAUUUCACCUUCAAGCAAGAAUGCAAGAUCAAGUACUCGGAACGUGUGUAUGAUGCAUGCAUGGAGGCUUUCGAUUGCUUACCGCUAGCAGCACUAAUGAACCAACAAUUUCUGUGUGUCCACGGUGGCUUGUCCCCGGAAAUUCACGAGCUAGAAGACAUACGCCGUUUGGAUAGAUUUAAAGAGCCACCAGCAUUCGGUCCAAUGUGCGAUCUUUUGUGGUCAGAUCCCUUAGAAGAUUUCGGCAAUGAGAAAAAUUCCGACUUCUAUUCGCAUAACUCAGUGCGUGGCUGCUCAUAUUUCUACAGCUAUGCAGCCUGCUGUGACUUCUUGCAAAAUAACAAUCUAUUAUCGAUUAUACGUGCACACGAGGCGCAGGACGCCGGCUAUCGUAUGUAUCGCAAAAGUCAAACCACUGGGUUCCCCUCAUUAAUUACCAUCUUCUCGGCACCGAAUUACUUGGAUGUGUACAACAACAAAGCGGCAGUACUGAAAUAUGAAAACAAUGUGAUGAAUAUAAGGCAGUUCAACUGCUCACCGCAUCCCUACUGGCUUCCGAAUUUCAUGGACGUAUUCACUUGGUCUUUGCCCUUCGUCGGCGAAAAAGUGACCGAGAUGUUGGUGAAUGUGUUGAAUAUUUGCUCGGACGAUGAACUUAUGACCGAAGAGAGUGAAGAGCCAUUAUCCGAUGAUGAGGCGGCGUUACGCAAAGAAGUCAUUCGAAAUAAAAUUCGUGCGAUUGGAAAAAUGGCGCGCGUCUUCUCAGUGCUACGUGAAGAGUCUGAGUCGGUAUUGCAGUUGAAGGGAUUAACACCAACCGGUGCACUGCCACUGGGUGCACUCUCUGGUGGCAAACAGUCAUUGAAGAAUGCGAUGCAAGGCUUUUCGCCCAAUCACAAGAUCACUUCAUUCGCCGAAGCCAAAGGUCUGGACGCGGUGAACGAGCGUAUGCCGCCGCGACGUGACUCGACGCCAUCGCCAGCCGAGGAGGGACAAAAAUCGUUGUCAGCAGCCGCUGCUGCAGCGGCGAAUGCCAAUGCCAACGCCAAUGCGAAUUCAAUCAAUGGAUAAUUCUAAGUCCACAGAGUUUUAGUAGAUAUGUAGGCCAAGUGCCGGCACUCAACGUUACGUUUCAUAACAACAUUGUAUUUGUACUACGGGUAAAAAAGGAAGAAAGCGUAUUAAGCCAGCUAGAAAAAAAAAUUAAACAAUACAAAUAGGAAAAAAGAAACAAACGAAGAAAAGGCAGAGUAGGAAAAGGAACGUAACUUUUAGGUUUAGGAAAAGCAAGCAAAAGUUAAGAAAAGAAAUAUCAAAAUGCAAGUUGAAUGAAUCGUGGAGUUGUGUCAAAAGUAUAACAGAAACAUAUAGAAAAAAAAUGAAAAUAAAAACAACAACCCGAAAAGAAUAAAAAAGCAAAGCAUAGAAAAUUAAAUUACAAAUAUAUCUCGUCGUUGUUAUUUCAUCUCGUCCCACUUUCGAUGCACGGUUGUACGCGAAUUAAAUUAGUGUGAUUGUAACGGUAUUUUUUAAAUUGCGGCAUGUGCGAAGCUCUAUUGGCGAUCAAUACAAGUAUGGGACAGUAAGGAGAUUCGUGUUUGAUAUACGAGAAUACGAGUAUGUAUGUUUGUCAUCACACGUAAAAACAUAAGUAUGGACGCAUACUGUAAAUGCAACUGCUGCAUGAACGUUAGGGUGCCUCACCAAAAAAAGUUGCGGAAUUAUAAAAUUUAUUAAAUAUAUUUUAAAACUUC